UUGUCCGUCCCUUGUUCUAUUUCGAUUUUCAAUGCUUGGGUCGCAUCGCCUUCUUAUUGUUUCCUCUCUCAAAUCGAAUCUUGCAACUCUUUUAACAUUAACUUGCAAAAUCAAAGAUCAUUUAUUUUCGUCCUUCCAAAAUCCAAAGCUUCGUCUCGCUUUUGUCAGAUUAAAAGCUUGCAUAUCUGAAGACUCUUCUUGUUAACAAUGUCGGCGGAUGAUGAUAAAGAUUCAGACGACCUUAAUAUAUUUCUCAACGCCAUUGGCGAAGAACCCGAAGAUGAAGCACCGAUGAGGAAAAGCACCAAUGAUGAUAUCUUCUUCAACUUGGACGACGGAGGAGGAGGAGAUUUGCAUAACCCAUUUCAAGAUUUCGCGGAUUCGAAUCAACCAGUCUUUGAAUCUCCUAAGGUUUAUGUGGCACCGAGGGUGAUGAUAAGCCAUCAAGAUUCCUUCUCAGAGGAGGAUUCAAGAAUCGAAGAUGCGAGGAUAUUGCCCUUCUCGCCUCGCCUUCGAGUUCCUGCUUCUCCUCGCGCUUUUGUUUAUCAGAGAUCUGUGGAAUCGCCUCGUUUUGGAUCUCCCGUUGGAUUGAUUGACACCGCUUCCCCUUUCGAAUCUGUGAAGGACGCAGUUUCGAAGUUCGGUGGGAUUACAGACUGGAAAGCCCAUAAGAUUCAGACAAUAGAGAGAAGGAAGAUGGUUGAUGAAGAGGUUGAGAAGAUACAAGAAGCACUGCCCGAGUAUAAGAGAGAGUCUGAGUUAGCUGCAGAGGCCAAAUACGAUGCGUUGAAAGAAUUAGAGACCACAAAGGGACUCAUUGAGGAGCUCAAACUCGAGCUGGAGAAAGCGGAAUUAGAAGAGCAGCAGGCGAAACAGGACUCCGAGCUCGCACAGAUGCGCGUUGAGGAGAUGGAGAAAGGGGUAGCUAACGAGGCAAGCGUUGCCGUUAAAGCACAGCUCGAGGUAGCUAAAGCGAGACAGGAGUCUGCGACUUGUGAGCUACGGUCCGUGAGAGAAGAGAUUGAAAUGGUUUGUAAUGAAUACGAAGAUAUGUUGAGGGAAAAAGAUUUGGCUGCGGAGAGAGCUGAAGCUGCUGUGAAGGAAGCUAAAGAGAUCGAGAGAGAAAUGGAUGGGCUGAGUAUAGAGCUCAUAGCCACCAAGGAGUCGUUGGAAUCAGCGCACACUGCUCAUCUCGAAGCGGAAGAGAAGAAGUUCGGUGCAGCGAUGGGUCGGGACCAAGACAUGUACAACUGGGAAAAGGAACUGAAGAUGGUGGAAGAUGAUAUCGAGAGGCUUAACCAAGAGAUUCGCGCCGCUGAUGAUAUGAAAACAAGGCUAGAGGCUGCUUCUGCUCUUGAGUAUGAUCUGGGAGCUGAAUUAGCGGCUUUCACAGAGAGUUCGACAAGUAAGCUAUUGAUGGGUAAUGAUAACAUACAUGCGGCUGUUGAUUCUGCAAAGAGAGAGCUCGAAGAAGUCAAAUCCAACAUUGAGAAAGCAGCUUCCGAGGUGAAAGCAUUGACGAUAAUUGCUGGAUCAUUACAGUCCGAACUCGCAAGGGAGAGACAGGAUCUAGCAGAAACUAAGGAGAGACAAAGUGCGGGUUUUGUCCGGACAUCAGAUGAGGAAGCAAGACAGGAGUUGAUGGACACAUCCAAUAAGUUGGAGGAGGCGAUGAAAGAGGCAGAGGAUGCGAAGCUCUUAGCAGCAGCUGCUAGAGACGAGCUUAGAAUGGCAGAGGAGUUGUUUGAACAAGCUAAAACAGGAAUGUCUACGAUAGAGAGCAGGUUAACCGAGGCGAAAAAAGAAAUGGAGGCUGCUAGAGCUUCAGAGAAGUUGGCCUUGGCUGCUAUAAAAGCUCUGCAGGAGACUGAGUCUUCUCAGAGAUUUGAAGAGAUGAGUAAUUCCCCGAGAAGCAUCAUUAUCUCUGUAGAAGAAUACUACGAGCUGAGCAAGAAGGCACACGAGUCAGAGGAAGAGGCGAACACAAAGCUAUCACAGAUUGUAUCCCAAAUAGAAGUGGCUAAAGAGGAAGAGUCGAGAAUCUUGGAGAAACUAGAGGAAGUGAAUAGAGAGAUGAGCGUGCGGAAAGGAGAGCUAAAAGCGGCUAUGGGAAAAGCCGAAAAGGCUAGAGAUGGGAAGUUGAGCAUGGAGCAAGAGUUGAGAAAAUGGAGGUCAGAGAAUGGGAAGAGAAGAACAGAAGAAGGUACGGAGCCUGAGAAGAGCCCGACGAGGUCAAGCACGUUUGCGUUUGGUGAACAAGGGACCAGCAACAACAUUGAUACAAAUAAUGUGACCCCUGAAACAAAGAAAAAGAAGAAGAAGAAGCUUUCUUUGCUGCCAAAGGUUCUCAUGUUCUUGUCAAGGAAGAAGUCUCACAAGUGAAAAUCUUUUGUUUUAUUUUUCUUUUCUUCAAAAUAUUUGAUUUUGUUCUUUUACUUACCCCAACAACAAUACAGACUUCUUGAGAUGAGUCUCGCAAACUUUUCCAUGUAUGACUUUUUGUUGAUUUCACUCGAUGGAAAUAAAAGCUAUUGACGCGCA